AUGCGCAGAACUGUCCGGGCGUGCUUGCUGCCUGUCUCCCUGGCUCUGCUGUCCAUCGCCCUGUCUCCAGCGCUUGGACGGUUUGAUUUGAUCACACAGUUCCAGCUGGACGUGAUCCCUCUGAAAGGCGUGAGGAAGGUGGAUGGCUCCACAGCCCAUCAGGUGUCCUACCGCCUUGACAGAGAGGCCAACUUCCAGAUUCCAACCAUGUUGAACUUCCCCCGCGGCUUCCCUGACGAGUACUCCUUCAUGGUCACCUUCCGCAUGAUCAAGAGCACGGUCGGCAAAGUGUGGAACGUGUGGCAGAUCGUGGACGAGGAGGGCCACAAGCAGGCGGGUCUGCGGCUGAACGGGGACCUGCAGGCCCUGGAGUACUUCCUGAUGGGUGCUGACGGGAACCUCCAGACCGCCACCUUCCCUGGGCUCUCGGUGCUCUUCAAUACCCGCUGGCACAAGGUCAUGAUCGGGGUGGAGCGAGAGCAGGUCACUCUGUACGUGGACUGCCAGCCGGUCGACAGGAAGCCCAUAAAAGGCAAGGGCCCCAUCAACACGGAGGGCGACACUCUGAUUGGACGGCUGGAUUCCGAUCCAGAUGCCUCAGUAGUGUUCGAGCUCCAGUGGAUGUUGAUCCACUGUGAUCCAAACAGAGCCCAGAGAGAGAGCUGCAAUGAGCUGCCUGCCACAGAGGAGGCGUCUCCUUGCUGGCCUGGUGGCAGCAGUGACAGCAUGAUGCUGGCUGUGCUCGCUGACACGGUGAAGGUGGUGUGGGGACUCCAGAUAAGUCAAUGCAAGGGCCGCCUGGUAUACCUGGCCCUGAAGGUCCCCGGGGGCCUGCUGGAGAGGAUGGCAGGGAUGGAAGAGAUGGUCUUCCAGGUUCAACUGGUUCCCCGGGGUCAGUGGGCGCUAAAGGGGAGAAGGGUGAGAUCGGAUUGCCAGGACAGAGAGGUCUGCCUGGCCUCCCAGGACCUAUUGGACUUCCUGGUUUCCCCGGUCCAGCAGGUCCUGCUGGCCCAGCCACUGAAGGAGCCCCUGGAACACCGGGCAAACCUGGCACCCCUGGAGAUGAAGGAAACAUUGGGCCAGAGGGUCCUCCAGGGCCAAGAGGGACUGCUGGACUUGCUGGACCUCCAGGACCUCCAGGUCCCCCAGGGCCUGUGGGGCCUCCUGGUGCUGCCCCUGAGGGAAGUGGGGAACCUGGAGACGCAGGAGCAGAUGGUCCUGCCGGCCCGCCUGGGCGCAUGGGAGACGAUGGACCACCAGGUUUCAACGGCAUCCCUGGACCCACAGGGCCCCCUGGAGCUCCGGGAGUGGAGGGGAUUCGUGGACGUCCAGGGCCAGAGGGCCCCAAGGGGCGCACUGGGAGCACAGGGAGAGAAAGGUCCACAAGGAGAGAAAGGAGAAUCUGGCGUGCCGGGCACAGACGGCUUAGACGGACUUUCUGGUGCAGGAGGAGCAAAGGGAGAACCUGGGACCCCGGGAGCUUCGGGCGUCCGAGGGAUUGUGGGUAUUCCAGGACUGCCAGGGAAGCAAGGUGUAGUGGGACCCCCUGGGGAAAAGGGGGACACUGGGGACCAGGGGCCCAUUGGACCUGUGGGACUUCCAGGAAAAACUGGUGAGGACGGAGACCCUGGAGAGGACGGCACUCCUGGUGAAAAAGGAGCUACUGGGGUUAAAGGAGACAAGGGCGCUCAUGGUGAGAAGGGAUUUAAAGGACACACUGGACUCAAAGGUGAUAUGGGACCAGUCGGCCCAGUCGGGCCUAAAGGCAGUAUGGGGGACCCAGGUUUGUCUGGAGACUCAGGAGUAAAGGGAGAUCAGGGACCUCCUGGAGUGACUGGAGUCAAAGGAGAGCGCGGAGAGAAAGGUACGCGAGGAGCCACAGGAGCAGAGGGCAGACCAGGACAGCCUGGACACGAGGGUCUGUCUGGACCCAUGGGAGCUCGAGGUUUAGAGGGAGAAUCAGGAGUACCCGGACCCCCAGGACCCAGGGGCUUACCUGGCCCAAAAGUCACGGAUGAGAAGCUCAAAGAGAUGUGUGCAGCUGUUGUUGAAGAACAACUGUCAGAGUUUAGGAAAGAGCUGCUGAAGAAGCCUGCAGCUCUGGGUGCGCCUGGUUCCCCUGGAGCAGCAGGCCCUCCUGGACCCCCAGGGCCAGCUGGAGCAGCCGGUGCAGCAGGAGUCCCAGGGCCGGUUGGCCCCAAAGGCCAUCAUGGUUUCUUUGGUCUUCCAGGACUUCCGGGUAAAAAAGGGGACACUGGGGACAAAGGAGACAAGGGAGACAGAGGAGAUGAUGGAGUUGGAGUGAAGGGAAGCCCAGGUGAACCGGGUGUCCCAGGUGCUCCGGGUGCUCCUGGCAUCGGCAAAGACGGCAAAGACGGAGCGCACGGUGAGACAGGAAGUCCUGGUGUUCCCGGAGCAUCAGGUCCCAAAGGCCCCGCCGGCCCCCCUGGCCUCUGCGACCCCUCCACUUGUAUAGCCAGAAUGCCUCCUAUGUACAUGGUCAGUGGAAAGUCUGCGAGCUUCAAAAGCAGGAAGUGA